UAGUUUCCCUUGUCUCAGCUAUGUGGUGUACCCAGACUGAAAACGGAGCUUCGCCAGUCUUGCUUAUUUUGUGUGUGAAUGCGGUAAAAUGGAAUCGGAGAAAAGAGUUCCUGCAGACAAAGACAGCCCUGCGAAAUCCCUGAUCACUGCACUCCAUUUGAAGUACGUAGAAAAGCCGUGGAGUGAAACAAUUAACCUGGUUUGCAGGUGCAUGGAGAAACGCAAAAAGGAUUCCAAUGUACCUAGUAAGCAGUUGCUGGAUUGCCUGGAACGUCUUCAUAAAGCUUUGAAUGCUACAUCCUUCACUGACAUGGUAACCAGACUUGAAAUAAUAGCAAAGCAUAAAGGGCUCGGCUCCCACCUCAGCCCCAGUGAGGAUGUGUGUUACAUCACGUCAGACAUCUUCUAUCUGGAGGUGCUCUUCCAGCCCGCUGGGGAAGUUGCUGACGUCAAGGUGGCGCACCAUGGAGAAGCUCCUGUGUCUUCUGAAAUGCUAUGCAAUCUUCUAAGGCUGAAAAACUUUGAAGAGUUUGGAAAGGAAUUGGAAGGACUUUCAUCUCUUUUCAAUACAUCUGGAGAUAGUGAAACCAAUAUGAAGAUGUUUUCAGCUUUGCAAUUUGUGGAGAAAGACCUUUUGAAAAUGUUCCAGAUUCCCAGACCAGUGAGCAGUGGUGACCCUUGGCUUGACAAUGUGCUCCAUGGACGAAUUGGGAAUGUAACGCCAAGGAACAAUGGGUACCCAAUGAGCAUAGAGUACUACAUUUCUCCAUAUGACUUGUUAGAAGAAAAAAUGAAGCCAGAAUCAAGGUCCUGUGGAAACAAAGUUUUUGUCACUGCCGAGGUAACCAACACAAUACAAAGGCUUCCAAGUGCAUCUGUGAUCGCAGACUCGCCACAGAUGACAAAUGAAGGGUUCCCAGUACACGCAACUCUGGAUGAUUUGGUCAGCAUGGAGUUGUCAGCCUGUCUCUUCCUGAAGUUUCCCCGGCCUGUACCCAUUCUCUCCUGCUUCAUUGAAGAAUUUCACAGGCUUACAGGUUGUGAUCAAGUUUUUCCUCUGCAUUGUUGUUUCCAUGGGAUUUCUGUGAGUGAAGACCUGAAGCAGGUUCCUUUCUACGAGUUGUUGAUGAAGACAAAAAUGAACGUGACGACCUGGGGCAGCGACAGUUGUUGCUUUUUGGUGACCCUUCCUGGGCACCAUCGACAAGGCUAUGUGAUAUCUCAGCAGUGGUGGCUGAAGCCCUGGGAAGGAGCUCUCGUCCACAAGAUUCCCUUCACCCACCCUGGUCACGUGCCCUCUCUUCUGAGCCUGCUGCGACACCAGACUGCCUUCAGCACCCUGAUCGCCAGCUGUGUCACUGGGAAGCGAGCUCAACCAGGUUCAUCUGUAGAUUUUCAUUUUGAGAUCCUCCCCUACACUGGGACCAGCUUCUCCUUGUCAUUCCAGCACCCUGUCACUGGCUCAAUGGCCUCACUUUUUGUGAAUGUUGUGGAUUCAAACCAUAUUAGCUGCAAGCUGUUCCCUCCUGAAGUACCCGAUCCUUCAAUAGAUGACUGGAUUUCCAAGGUUAUGAAAAGGUGUAUGUCAAUACCAGUCACCAUGAGAGCGAUCUUCAGGAAAAUAGCCAGCAGGGAAACGCCUACAGCAUCCGAGACAGGAGCAGCUCCUGAAAACACCUCAGAAAUCACUGCCACCACCAGCUCCUCAUUACCCAUUGCUCAAGAAAAUACACAGUCUGCUAACCAUUGUCCUGGUGCCCUUGUCAUGUUUUUCCUACAGAACCUGUAAAUAAUCCAAUAAGAAUUUUAAAUGACAAUUUAUAUUAGAUUGUAUAUACUUUUGGUAGCUUUUUUUCCUCCAUUUAUCAUUCUAAUUGAGGGAGGAAAAUAUCUAUGAAAAAAUUCACAGUUCAGCCAAGUGUACUUUGGAAAGCCCAGGUGAUGCCAGUAGUUAAUUUUGAGGUGGAAUCUUAUAAGCUUCCUGACAGCUGUGACCUAAAUUUCUUAAAUAUCAGAUCUGCAUAUUUUUUCACCCAGCAUCCUGUUUGCUUGGUCAUUUCCAUUGCAUGGAGUUGGGGAAAACUACUGGAUAAGGGGCAAUCUCAAGAAAAGAAGGAUCACAAAUGAGUGCAGGCCAUUUUGUCCAUCUUGCUCAUUCAGUAAUGAAUACAAACGAGAGAAGGGCAAUCAGCCCACCUUAUUAGGUGGUAGCUUAUUGACCCAAAGAUCCAGCAGUUUCUUGACUGCAGGCAGGUACUGGCUGCAGGGUUAAUUAAUGGCCCUUUAGGUGCUUGGUUAAAAAAAAAAGUAUUCAUAUACUCCACUAGGGUGGAAAAGUCAAACGUGAGGCAUGGAGGGGACGUCAUUAUCGCAGGUGAGUGUUUGCAGUGUGGUCAUAGGUAGUUUUGUGUGCAGGUUGAAAAGGAAGUAGCACUAAAAUAGAUUCCUUACAUUAAAAGUAAGGAUACCUCUCCACACUCUUUGGUUUAUGCUUAAAUAUUUUAAAACCUACCACAUGCAUUUAAGCAUUAUUGUCUGGUUUGCUUCAAGUAAAAUACUGGUUUAAAUCGGUACAUUGAUAAACGUGUGACACUUUCUGGAGUGUCAGUUGCAGGUGUGUGUUUGUGGGUAUAUUUAUAUACCAUAUUACAUGUUUUUAGAUGCCUCUAAUAUAAUUUAGUACCUUGCCCCUGCAUGUAAACUGUGUAUAUGCAAUACAUCUAUUCAUUUUUCUAGAUUGGACAGCUGUCAGAAGUGUUUUUAAGGUGUAUGUU